GGCCUCCCCUCCUCCGUCCUCCACAACAAGCAAACAGCAAGCCUCUCGCUUUCUCUCCGUCCAGCUCGUUUCGUCGCCUUCGUUCGUUUCGUUCGUGCAGCCAUCAAUGGCCCCGCUGGGAGAUGGAGCCGCCGCCGCCGCGUCGUCGGCGAACCUCGUGGUGUCCUUCGGCGAGAUGCUCAUCGACUUCGUCCCCGACGUCGCGGGGCUCUCGCUCGCCGAGUCGGGAGGGUUCGUCAAGGCUCCCGGCGGCGCACCCGCCAACGUCGCUUGCGCCGUCUCCAAGCUCGGCGGCGCAUCCGCUUUCCUUGGCAAGUUCGGCGACGACGAGUUCGGGCACAUGCUGGUGAACAUCCUGAAGCAGAACGGCGUCAACUCGGAGGGCUGCCUGUUCGACCAGCACGCGCGCACGGCGCUGGCCUUCGUUACCCUCAAGAAGAACGGCGAGCGCGAGUUCAUGUUCUACCGCAACCCCAGCGCCGACAUGCUGCUCACCGAGGCCGAGCUCAACCUGGACCUCAUCCGCCGCGCCAAGAUCUUCCACUACGGCUCCAUCUCGCUCAUCUCCGAGCCGUGCCGCUCCGCGCACAUGGCCGCCAUGCGCGCCGCCAAGGCCGCCGGCAUCCUCUGCUCCUACGACCCCAACGUCCGCCUCCCGCUCUGGCCGUCCGAGGAGGCCGCAAGAGCCGGCAUCCUCAGCAUCUGGAAGGAGGCUGAUUUCAUCAAGGUCAGCGAUGAUGAGGUCGCCUUCCUCACACAGGGUGAUGCCAACGACGAGAAGAACGUGCUCUCGCUCUGGUUCGAUGGCCUCAAGCUCCUCAUCGUCACCGACGGCGACAAGGGGUGCAGAUACUUCACCAAGGACUUCAAGGGCAGCGUUCCCGGCUACAAGGUGAACACCAUUGACACCACCGGCGCCGGUGAUGCCUUCGUCGGCUCUCUCCUCGUCAACGUCGCCAAGGACGACUCCAUCUUCCACAACGAGGAGAAGCUCCGCGAGGCGCUCAAGUUCUCCAACGCCUGCGGCGCCAUCUGCACCACCCAGAAGGGCGCCAUCCCGGCGCUGCCCACCGUCGCGGCCGCCCAUGAGCUCAUCGCCAAGGGCAACUAGACGCCAGCGCCGCCGCGGCCUCCACCGCGCCGCCUUCGUCGCCCCUCGACGUCAUCAUUUGAAUUCGAUAUCAUUAGGAGAUUGUUAGCUGCUCUUCUUAAUUCUUAGAUGGCUGGUGUUCUCGUGUGGGUUAAUUUAGCUCAGUGUGGUGUGUGCGGUGUGAGAGAAGAACAUGGUUUUCGCCCGGGGCAUUAAUAAAAGUUGGCAUGCGUGGUGGAUAAUUUUUUAGCGUAUAAUCAUUUGAUCUCAA